UAGCCUUCAGCAAUUUGCCUAUCUGUCCGCCUCUCUGUCUCUCUCUGUCUUCUUCCAUUUCUUUAUUUCCAGACCACUCUGUUCUUCUUCUUCUUCCUUUCCUCCGCACUAUAUAAUCCCUUCCUCCUCUUCCCCACCACCAUUUUUGCUUUCUUCAUUUCUACUGUUUGCAUUUCGCCGGAAUCGCGACCGGAACGACGAUGAUGAGCAACAAUAAUGCAGGUCUGUUCGGCGACACUACGCUGACGAAGGUCUUCGUCGGAGGUUUGGCUUGGGAGACACCGAAGGAAGCUAUGAGAGAUCACUUCGAGAAGUUCGGUGAGAUCCUGGAGGCGGUUAUCAUCUCCGAUAAACUCACCGGCAGAUCCAAGGGCUAUGGAUUUGUUACAUUCAAGGACGCGGAAUCGGCGAAGAAGGCUUGUGAGGAUUCGGCUCCGAUCAUCAAUGGCCGCCGAGCCAACUGUAAUCUCGCUUCGCUUGGAGCUCGACGUGGCUCGAGGUCGGCUUCGGCUACUCCUCCACAAGCUCCUCAGCAUCCUGGAUCGAACGGCGGUGGACCGAGGACGACGUCAGCACCAUCGGGAAACCACGUGCAGUGGUACUACCCGGCGGGGACUUACCCGACGUCGUUUCGUCAUCAGCCUCAUCAAGCCGUCCCUUUCUACGGAUAUUCCCCAAGCCCCACUUAUGUCGCUACCGAUAUCAGUUACAACCACAAAGUGGGGUACAUGAACGGGCAUUACAGGCAGAUAUAUCCGGGGCAGGCUAUGGUAGGGGCGAACACAUUGAUGCCAAUGUACCCGCUGUAUCAUUACCAUCAAUCACACGCGAUGGGGAUGCCCGCCCACAUAUACCCUCCCAGUCCCACGGCGGCGGUCCCACCCUCCUCCAUUAUGUCCAAACCGGCCUCCGUCGCUCCCACCCCAGGUAAAGGUGGAGGAGAAUGCAUGCAAUGGGAAGAAGAAGAAGAAGAAGAAGAUGAUGAUGAUGAUGAUGAUGAUGAUGAUGGUAAAAGAAGAGCACAGAGGAAUUGAAUAGAAGAAGAAGGUGGGGGGUGGGGGGCUGCUCAGAACUACAUUAUUUUAGCCUGAUGAUCUGUUGUAGCUCUUUAUUUCUUUCUUUCCUUCUUUUAAUUAAAUUAUAAACUAAUUUCAUUGUUAUUAAUUUCAAUUUUUUUGCCCCUUC